AUGCCCCCCAGGAAGAGGACGCGGCCGGGCCUGGGCUUCCUGUGCUGCUUCGGCAGUAGCGAACCCCCAGAAAUCAACCUCAAGGACAGUGUGCCCCUCCAGCUGCUGGAGUUCAGUGCCCCCAUGCCCCCCGCUGAGGAGCUGCAUGCACGUUUCUCCGAACUGGUGGAUGAACUGGACUUGACAGAUAAAAACAGGGAGGCCAUGUUCGCUCUGCCCGAUGAGAAGAAAUGGCAAAUCUACUGCAGCAAGAAGAAGGAGCAAGAGGACCCCAACAAGCUGGCCACCAGCUGGCCCGACUACUACAUUGACCGCAUCAACUCCAUGGCUGCUAUGCAAACCCUAUUUGCCUUUGAUGAGGAGGAAAUGGAAAUGAGGAACAAGGUGGUGGAAGAUCUGAAGACAGCACUUCGGACUCAGCCAAUGAGGUUCGUCACACGCUUCAUCGAGCUAGACGGCCUCACCUGCCUCCUCAACUUCCUGCGCAGCAUGGACUACGAGACGUCAGAGAGCCGCAUCCACACCUCUGUCAUCGGCUGCAUCAAGGCCCUGAUGAACAAUUCCCAGGGACGUUCGCACGUCCUUGCCCACCCACAGAGCAUCAACACCAUCUCACAGAGCCUGCGGACGGAGAACAUCAAGACUAAAGUGGCGGUGCUGGAAAUUCUGGGGGCGGUGUGCCUGGUGCCUGAUGGACACAAGAAGGUGCUGCAGGCCAUGGCACACUACCAGAAAUACGCUGCUGAGCGGACUCGCUUUCAGACGCUGCUUAAUGAGCUGGACAAGAGUACAGGCCGCUACAGAGACGAGGUCAAUUUAAAGACUGCCAUCAUGUCCUUCAUCAAUGCUGUGCUCAACGCUGGAGCUGGGGAGGACAACCUUGAGUUCCGUCUCCAUCUAAGGUACGAAUUCCUGAUGUUAGGCAUCCAGCCGGUCAUCGACAAGCUCAGAGAGCACGAGAAUGCCACUUUGGACAGGCAUUUGGAUUUCUUUGAAAUGGUGCGGAAUGAGGACGACUCUGAGUUGGCCAAAAGAUUUGAUAUGACCCAUGUAGAUACUAAGAGUGCUGGUGCCAUGUUUGAGAUGAUCAAGAAGAAGCUGAGCCACACUGAUGCCUACCCCAACCUCAUCUCCAUCCUCCAACACUGCCUGCAGAUGCCUUAUAAACGUGGCGGUGGCAGCCUGCAGCACUGGCAGCUCUUAGACAGGAUCAUUCAGCAGAUAGUCCUGCAAGACGACAAGGGAGAGGACCCUGAUGUCGCGCCUCUGGACAACUUCAGUGUUAAGAACAUCAUUCGCAUGUUGGUCAAUGAGAAUGAGGUGAAACAAUGGCGAGACCAGGCAGAGAAGUUCAGGAAAGAUCAUGGAGAGCUGCUAGCUAAACUAGAGAGGAAGGAGCGUGAGUGUGAAACCAAGACCCAGGAGAAGGAUGAUAUGAUGAAAACUUUGAACAAGAUGAAGGACAAACUCCAGCGCGAGGGAGUGGAGUUGCGCUCCGCCAGGGAGCAAGUCCUGGACCUGUCCUCACGCAUCAAUGACAUAGCUCAGGGCAGCAGUGUCCCUUUCCCGCCUCCUCCUCCCCCUCCUGGUGGCCCCAUGGCUCCACCUCCACCACCUAUGAUGGGUGGCUUUCCUCCACCUCCUCCUCCACUACCAUUCAGCUGCCCGCCUCCACCACCACCUCCACCUCCACCAGGAGCACCACCUCCUCCGCCAGGAGCCCCUCCCAUUUUUGGAGCACCACCUCCCCCUAUUCCCUCCUCAUUCAACUCAGCGAGCACGAUGCGCUCCAAGUCCAUCCCUCAGCCUUCUCAUCCCCUGAAGUCCUUCAACUGGGCCAAACUAGGAGAGAAUAUGAUCAAUGGCACCAUCUGGAACGACAUUGAUGACCUGAGAGCUUUCAAGAUUCUCGACCUCAAAGACAUAGAGAAGAUGUUUUCAGCUUAUCAGAGACAACAGGACCUGCUCACUAAUCAAUCCUUCAAACAGAAAGAGACGGGCUCUAUGGAUGACAUAUACGUCAGCACGCGGAAGGUCAAGGAGCUGUCAGUCAUCGACGGGAGACGUGCACAGAAUUGUAUCAUCCUGCUUUCAAAGUUAAAAAUGAGCAACGAAGAGAUCAAGCGGGCAAUCCUAGAGAUGGAUGAGAGAGAAGAGCUAGCCAAAGAUAUGCUGGAGCAGCUGCUGAAGUUUGUCCCUGAGAAAAGCGAUAUAGAUCUCUUGGAGGAGCACAAACAUGAGCUGGAGCGGAUGGCCAGGGCUGAUCGCUUCCUCUUUGAAAUGAGCAGAAUUGACCACUACCAACAGAGACUGCAAGCUCUAUUCUUUAAGAAGAAGUUUGCAGAGCGUUUAGGUGAAGCCAAGCCAAAGGUUGAAGCUAUCCUGAACGCAUCCAAGGAGGUGGUCCGGAGCAAGAGGAUGACUCAGAUCCUGGAGGUGGUGCUGGCCUUUGGCAACUUCAUGAACAAGGGCCAGAGAGGCAAUGCCUACGGCUUCAAGGUCUCCAGUCUCAACAAGAUCGCUGACACCAAGUCCAGCAUAGACAGGAACAUCACUAUGUUGCACUACCUGAUCAUGAUCUUUGAGAAGAACUACCCUGACACACUGAACAUCCAGCAGGACAUCAGCAGUGUACCAGAGGCUGCCAAAGUCAACUUGGCAGAGCUGGAAAAAGAGGUGCACAGUAUCAAAAGUGGACUAAAGGCUCUUGAGGCGGAGCUGCACUACCAACAGAGCAGGACGAGGGAACGUGGGGAUAAGUUUGUGGCUGUGAUCGGGGACUUCAUCACCGUGGCUGGCUUCAGCUUCUCUGAACUGGAGGACCAACUGAGCGAAGCCAAGGACAAGUUUGCCAAUUCUCUGAAGCACUUUGGGGAAGAAGAAGGGAGGAUGCAGCCCGAUGAGUUCUUCGGGAUCUUCGACACCUUCUUGCAGUCGUUCAGCGAAGCGCGGCAAGACCUGGAGAACAUGCAGCGACGUAAAGAUGAGGAGGAGAGGAGGGCACGGAUGGAGGCCAUGCUCAAGGAGCAGAGGGAAAGAGAACGGCGGGCCAAGAAGAGCGGCGCCUCAGACGAGGUUGGUGGGGAGUUUGAUGACCUGGUGUCAGCACUGCGUUCUGGUGAAGUCUUCGACAAGGACCUGAACAAAUUUAAGCGGAACCGCAAACGCUCAGUCAAUCAGCUGGUGGAGGGUGGCGGCCGCGAACGAGCUGUCACAAAGGUCAACUACUAGGCCAGGUAAAGGAAUGAAAAAGAAAAGACUAGACGCCGAAAUUCUGCCGUGGUGUAGUUCUCUGAACACCUUUAGUCCAGGUACUCAAACGGUGACCAUUGACAUUGGAGAGGAUGUAAGUAACUGCUGAACUAGACAUGCAGAUACAUGUAUGGACGGCCGCACUGUUUUGAAGGAUGCCACACUCUCUUCUCACUGGUCUUGUAAAGCUUUUUCCAACCUGUUUGUCCAGAUCUGGAAGAAGAAUAGUUGGGAUAGAUGGAUGGAUGGAUGGACAGACCACUGUGAUACAUUAUCCCAUAUCUUUUGACCAUAUCCUUUUAACACUGUGCUCAAGCUUCCAACUCUCUAUCGUCCACUGUUUUUCACUGCUCGUUUUCCCUCACAAACCCUUUGCUGUUCUCCAGUAAGUUCCCUGGUGCUGGAUCAGCCCUGUCUUUUUGCUAACUGGCUCUAAAACACACAGGACAUUGGGAUCAGCCAGUCACACUGUAAAUAGACACAAGGUGGAGAGAAAUUAUAGAAAAAAUGACGUCAGGCAGAUUUUAAAAAAGAAAAAAAAAAAAAAAAAGAAGAUGGGAAGGGGGAACUAAACCAUAACCUUACAGUCAUGGUUGCUCCAAGUGUACCCCAGAAAAAGAGACUUUGGAGCCACAGAAAGGGUAGAUACGCUUUGAAUAUAUGAACUUCCUUUCUUAUUGCUUCAAAACAGAGGAUUCAUCCCAGUGUCCUCCAGCACACAGCAUUCCCAGGGAGGACAUCCCUCGCUUCUCAAGGAAGAACUCUUCUAAGCUUGAUCCUCCUGACAAAACCAUGACUGUGCCACGGGGGUCAAGCCUCACCUACACUACCCAAUGGUUUAAGCAUUGUCCUGGCAUGAAUCGGUGCCAAAGCAAAGAGAAAAAAAAUGUAAAUGUAAUAAUACAAAACAUGCUGCAGUUAGGCAUUGAUAUAUAUUUAUAUUUAGAUGCAGACAAGCUAAUUGCAAAGAUGUAGAGGUUUUUUUUACGUUUUCAUGGCAUUUGGGGGGGUUUGUACACGCAAUGCAUUAUUUGUUGGUGUUGCAAGUUCACAUUGCUGUUGAAGUUAACUUCUUAUACAUUUUUGCGCUAUGUAAAAAAAAAAAAAAAAAAAGAUGAUUACUUAUCCUUCUCUCACACAUCUUGUUUGCACUGCAGCUUUUCUGAAAAAAUCCUAACACUCCUAGGGUUGCACAAUGUCCUCUGGAAAAAAAAAGUCCUCUGUACUUAAAUUUACUUUAUCUAUAACAAAGAAAAUGAAGGAAUGCCAUAGGUGAUUUUUAACUUCAGGGCAAAAUCUGCAGUUUACAGUGCUCUCCCUGCUCAGCUGUCAGGGUGAAUGGUUCCCAUCUGAAUCGGGGCAACUAAAAUGCGGACCAUGUUGGCAGUUCUCAUUAGGCCUUUCAUUUUUCAUUGAUGGUGUCUGUAGGAUCUGUUCCACUGGUGCUAAAACAUGUGGUCUCUGGGCAGAGCUGACAGUGUAGUUGAGGAUUUCUCCAAAUAUACUAGGGUUUGUUCGCUCUGUUACAAAUUUCAGGCUCAUGCAGUGUUUCUGUGCAUUUUUCAUAUUUUAGGUGACAUUGUAAUGAGGGACCACACCAUGUGAGAAGUCUGUAUUUGCAAAGUCAGGGUUCAACAAAGCACUUGAACUGAGAAGAAAUUCUUGUUGUGGCUUGAUCACUUUAAGGGCACUAACAAGAAGAGGGCAGCCUCAGUAAGCAUUGUAGAAAACAAUCAUUACUUCCAUCUUUCCUUCCAGUGUCUUUUACACAUUUGUUUACCUAUAGCUAGACACUGACUAUUAUUUGGCAACAGGUUGCCCAUAGCAAUACCACAGACUGACAUAGUGUUGCCAACCCAGGUCACGAUUUCGAAAUCUUCACUGUAGUUUGCUUUAUGUAUAUUUGUAUUUGUAACACCUUAGCAGUAGCUAUGACAAAGGCUGUGAUGUAAUGUGCAGGCUCCUCUCUUUACAACACACUGUACAUCUUCUUGAAGAUGGACACACAGUAGCUUGCUACAGGAAGUGUACCAACAGAGAAACCACAUUUGAACAUGGUAAAGGUAAAGGUAAAGGGCAACACGCGCAUGAAGUUCAAGGACUCCAGUGGGAGUAUUUUAGUGCUAAUUGGCAAAAUAAACUCACCCUGUGUUUAAUCUCCCUGCCAACCCAUUUAUCCACAUUUAUAUAAUAAUACAGAAUUACAAUAGGGACACCAGUUAAGGCUUCUUCUCUAUGCUUCGUGUCUUUCAAUAUAUCCUUUACUUACCGUACAAAUUAGUUGUUUGAGUUUGAUGGGGCAAAAUAUUUGCACAACAGCUCCUGGUUCAGUUUGUAGGUGGUUGUUUUUAUAGUAACACUGUGGUCGACACCAAGAACUCAUAUUGCAGUUCCUUUCUCCAUUCCUCAUGUUAAAUUGACUCAAUAAGUAAUUGUUGUGUGUCACAAAAUGAUGAAUUGCUGAACAUCAGUUUUAUUUAAUUUACAAUGUUUCUGAACAAACUGAACUGAACAUCCACCAAGCGUGUUGUGACGAUGUCUGCAGUAGUAAUGGCAAUACGAGUUUGUCUCUGUUCCUUUACUGCCAGCCAUUCUGUUCUGAAACAUAUUCAAGUGCCUCUGACCCUGUUAUCACAAAUGUACCAUUGUUAUCAUCAUGUUUUAGACCUUAGAGCUUUCUCAUGUACAACAAAUUGCAGCUGAGGGUUAGAAUUGGAUUCACUGGCACCAUCUUGUGGCGUCAGAUUGAGAACUUGGUUUCAAACCUGAUGCCACAAGCAGUUAAAAUCAGCUCUCCAAACUGUGAUGAAGGACGUGACCUUAGCUCGAGGCACAUAGGUCACCAAAGUCUCCUGAAGGUCCAAGAAGUAUGAUCUAUUUCCUGUAGCUCGAAACCAGUAUUUGUUCCUCGAAUUGAAGCAGAGAGAAAAGAUAUGUGGCUAAAAAGACUAUGCGAGUGCAGAAAGGGCCUCACAGGUCCCAUGCCCAACACUUUAGAGAUCAACUGAUACACCAAAUAGAUUGAGAGAGGUUCCUUUAUAUAAGGGGGAAAUGACAUAUGGUUGCCUAUUCUUUAACCAGCAUCUCAUGUAUAUUUGAGCUAUUCUGUUUUCUAACCUCUGCUCCUUUGUCUUUGCAGUUAAUCAGAGUUAGUAUAUCACACUAUGGCAGACCCUUUAAACUCUGAAUCCAGAGCUUUAACCUGUAUUGUAGUGCAUACCAUUUACUGAGGGGUAUUGCAACAUUGUCAGUAUUAUUACAUGUUUAUGUUGUUACAUGUUCGGAUGUUUAUUUGGCCAUUGACUGGCUGAUUUUGGGGUGUACAGAUGGAAAUCAGAGGACUGAAAUUAGUAGCUUAUUCAAUGCACUUUUAUUAUGGGACAUUCCCAUUUGCAGCACCAUUGAGGGCUUAGAUCCCUCGAGAAAUGAGAAGGGUGCAACAAAAGAGUGGUGCAAAAAGAAAAAAAAACAUGGUGUGAAGAAGAAAGAGAGAAAAAGGGCAAGUGAGAUUCGGGACUCCGGCUGGGCCGCUGGAAACACAUUUAGUCAGUCUAAUGGAUGACAACGAUGUGUAGACACAAAGAGGUGACACUCCUAUAAACAUGAGUGUAUUUUGUAUAAAUUAUCACUUGCCUGUGUCACCUGUUCUGGUAUGUAAAGGAAAAAAAAGCUGAAUGUUUUCUAAAUCACCACAUUUGUGUCAAGUCAUGCACUUGGCGUUGACCUGCAUGCCUAAAGAAGGGUGCACAAAGUGUGACGUGUUGACUUUAACCUUUAAUAGAAAAUUGCUUGCAAUAUGGAACACACAUGUUAGACGCCAAUUUGUACUACCUGAGGAAAGUUGCACCUAGUUUUAGAGGUUGUAUAAUUGUGAGGAGUCAGUAUUUUUAUGGUUGGAAACAAAACGUAUUCUCCACCGAUGUAUAGUUGGAAAAAAAAAGCAUUUUGUACACCAUUCUUGAUGUUUGAGAUAAGAUUAAAAAAAGAGAUCACAACAUUGAGGAAUGUUCCAUUUACCUGUAAAUUGUACCUCUAUUUAUUUGCCUUAUUUAGUUUGCUAUAUUUUGUAUGUACACACACACGCAUUAUUACAAAAUGUUAUAUAAAAAAUAUGAAUAUAAAUAAUUAAACUGUGGUCCGAGUAUGAUGGAUAGUUCUGAGACAUGUAUAAGAAUAAGAUUUUUUUUUUUUUUUUCAUUUCUAUAGUUUUAUUUUUGUUCUGUCUUUUGUAGGGUUACAAUAAAAGUUUGUCCCUUCCAA